CCUUCUCGGCGCAGGCGCAGUCCGGCUCCUGCUCCUCCUGUUCUGUUGAGGCGUAGGAUGAUGAUGGCGCUGAGCAAGACCUUCGGGCAGAAGCCCGUCAAGUUCCAGCUGGAGGAAGAUGGCGAGUUCUACAUGAUCGGAUCCGAGGUGGGGAACUACCUGCGCAUGUUCCGGGGCUCCCUCUACAAGCGCUACCCGUCCCUCUGGAGACGCCUGGCCACCGUCGAGGAGCGGAAGAAGAUCGUGGCCUCCUCCCAUGAGUCCCAGCGGAGCCACAGCCCACGCAGAUACCACGGCUACACCACUCUGGCCACCAGCGUCACCCUCCUGAAGGCCUCCGAAGUGGAGGAGAUCCUGGACGGGAAUGACGAGAAGUACAAGGCCGUCUCCAUCAGCACAGAGCCCCCCACCUACCUCAGGGAGCAGAAGGCCAAGCGCAGCAGCCAGUGGGUGCCCACGCUGCCCAACAGCUCCCACCACCUGGAUGCCGUGCCCUGCUCCACCACCAUCAACCGCAACCGCAUGGGCCGCGACAAGAAGAGGACCUUCCCCUUGUGCUUUGACGACCACGAUCCGGCCGUGAUCCACGAAAACGCCUCUCAGCCGGAGGUCCUGGUCCCGAUCCGGCUGGACAUGGAGAUCGAUGGGCAGAAGCUGCGGGACGCCUUCACCUGGAACAUGAAUGAGAAACUGAUGACCCCGGAGAUGUUUUCGGAGAUUCUGUGUGACGACCUGGACUUGAACCCCCUGACCUUUGUCCCGGCCAUUGCUUCGGCCAUCCGGCAACAGAUUGAGUCGUAUCCCACGGACAGCAUCCUGGAGGACCAGUCCGACCAGAGGGUCAUCAUCAAGCUGAACAUCCACGUGGGGAACAUUUCCCUGGUGGACCAGUUUGAGUGGGACAUGUCCGAGCGGGAGAACUCCCCGGAGAAGUUUGCCCUGAAGCUCUGCUCGGAGCUCGGCCUCGGAGGGGAGUUCGUCACCACCAUCGCCUACAGCAUCCGCGGGCAGCUCAGCUGGCACCAGAAGACCUACGCCUUCAGCGAGAACCCCCUCCCGACGGUGGAGAUCGCCAUCCGCAACACAGGAGAUGCCGACCAGUGGUGCCCGCUGCUGGAGACCCUGACGGAUGCCGAGAUGGAGAAGAAGAUCCGCGACCAGGACAGGAACACAAGGCGCAUGAGGCGUUUGGCCAACACGGCUCCGGCCUGGUAGCCUCCGAAGGAAGGCAAAGAAGACAAGGCCGUGGCGGACCUGGGACUGGCUCCCUCUUUCCUUCCUUCCUUCCCUCCCUCCCUCCCUUCCUUCCUGUCUCUCUCUGUUUCUCUCUCUCUCUCUCCCUUGAAGACAACUUUUUGAAUAAACGUGUUAAUAUUUUGGUUUCCA